GAGGGCAGAAGCACAGAGGCUGGCAGGAACAGCAGCAAUGCCUUGGCAGAACGAGCCAGGCAUCGCUUAAUCGCUCCCAGCUGAAGGCAGGCAGCAGCAGGAGCAACUGCACGGACGGUCACCGUGAAGGUCAGCGCUCCGCUGAGAGCAGCUCCGUCCCGCGGGAUGCCCGGGGCUGCGGGCUGGGCAGCGCCGCUGUGCUGCGGGCUCUGAGCUCCCGGAGGAUGCUCCUGCCGGGGCCGCCGCUGGCACCGCGCUGCCGGGGAGAACUCGGGGAGAGCCAGCCGCUGUUCUCCGGGGAAGCGAUCUGCGGGGCUGCUGCCCUCCCGGUACCCGGUUCUUGGGGCUGAGAAGCGAUCUGCGGGGCUGCUGCCCUCCCGGUACCCGGUUCUUGGGGCUGAGAAGCGAUCUGCGGGGCUGCUGCCCUCCCGGUACCCGGUUCUUGGGGCUGAGAAGCGAUCUGCGGGGCUGCUGCCCUCCCGGUACCCGGUUCUUGGGGCUGAGAAGCGAUCUGCGGGGCUGCUGCUCUGCCGGUACCGGGUUCGGGGGGCUGAGAAGCGAUCUGCGGGGCUGCUGCCCUCCCGGUACCGGGUUCUUGGGGCUGAGAAGCGAUCUGCGGGGCUGCUGCCCUCCCGGUACCCGGUUCGGGGGGCUGAGAAGCGAUCUGCGGGGCUGCUGCCCUCCCGGUACCCUGUUCGGGGGGCUGAGAAGCGAUCUGCGGGGCUGCUGCCCUCCCGGUACCCGGUUCGGGGGGCUGAGAAGCGAUCUGCGGGGCUGCUGCCCUCCGUGAGCGGCCCGAGGGUCGCUGCCUCCGCGGGAUGCUCGGCAGGAGCGCACCGCCCUCCCGAGCGCCGCCGGUGAGCGCAGAGCCUGCUCAGCCCCCCGGCAGCGGCUGCACCUUCCAGCCUGCCAGCGAUGUGUAGCGGCGGAGGAGACGGGCUCAUUUCCAAAAGCCUGCAGGACAUCCUGACUCCCAGGCGUGUCUACGGAAGCAGAACCAUCCCUUCCUGAGCGCCGGACCCAGAGCUGCUUUUCCUCUGAUGGCUCCAUGACUUCCCAGGAGCUGAGGGCCCCCCGUGUGCCCCUGCUGUGCUUCAGGACAGUGGUUCUGUGGUUGCUGCAGCAUGGUCCAAGCCUGCUUGCUGUGCUCCAGAGUUCCUAGGGGCAGCCUGGCAGCCUGGGCAGCUGUACUGGACAUGGAGAGGCCGGACAAGCCCAGCCCCUCUGCCAAGAAGCACGUGCGUCUGCAGGAGAGGAGGGGCUCCAAUGUCUCACUAGUGCUGGACAUGAGCUCUCUGGGGAGCGUGGAGCCCAUCCAGCCUGUCUGCACACCACGGGACAUCACACUGAAGUUUCUGAGGACAUCCAGCCACGUGCUGAGGAAACAGGAGCUCCAGCAGCACGCCCAGAGCCUGGCACAGCUCCAGGAGGAGUUUUCGAAAAUCCCACCCAACUUCGUGAGUCCAGAGGAGCUGGAAAUCCCUGGACGUGCUUUGAAGGACAGAUACAAAACCAUCCUGCCCAAUCCUGAGAGCCGGGUCUGCCUCAGGAGGGCUGGGAGCCAGGAGGAAGACAGCUACAUAAAUGCCAACUACAUCACAGGCUACGCGGGGCGGCCCCGGGAGUAUAUUGCCACCCAGGGACCCAUGCUGAACACUGUCAGUGACUUCUGGGAGAUGGUGUGGCAGGAGGAGGCUCCUCUCAUCGUCAUGAUCACCGAGCUCCAGGAGAGCAAGGAGAAAUGUGUCCACUACUGGCCCGAGAAGGAGGGCACCUAUGGCCCCUUCACCAUCCACGUGCAGGGGGUGAGCGAGUCUGCGGAGUACGUGGUGCGGGAUCUCUCCAUCCAGCUUGGCAAGGAGCAGCGCAAGGUCAAACACAUCCUGUUCCCUUCCUGGCCCGACCAGCAAACACCUGAGUCAGCCAAGCCCCUGCUGCACCUGGUGUCCAAGGUGGAGGAGGCUCUGCAGACUGCAGCCAGCCCAGGGCCCAUCGUGGUGCACUGCAGCGCGGGCAUUGGCCGCACCGGCUCCUUCAUUGCCACCAGGAUCGGCUGCCAGCAGCUGCAGCAGCAGGGCCAGGUGGACAUCCUGGGCAUCGUCUGCCGCCUGCGCAUUGACAGAGGUGGGAUGAUCCAGACGAGCGAGCAGUACCAGUUCCUCCAUCACACACUGGCUCUCUACGCCUCCCAGCUGCCAGAGGGGGGAGGCUGCUAGUGCAGGGCUUGUGGCUCCCUGCUCCGACCUCUCCUGCACCAAAACCUCUCCUGAUGCUGCCAGGACACAGAGCAGCAGCAUGAACAUCCCUUGGGAUGAUACAGCUGAGCCAGCCCACGGGGACUGUGCCUUUGGACCCUGGGGAUGAGCAAGCUGAGGUGGUGCAGUGGGUGAUCGAGGUGGCCGCUGCUGGCUCCAGGCAGAUUUCACCCAUAGAAAGGAGCUUUGGCUUUUGAGAGGUGGAAAUUCCUGGACCAGAAGAGCAAGCUGUGCAGAAGAACUGCAGCUGGCAGAUGCCAGGAGCCUGUCUGCCUUUCAGCUGCACACAAAUGUUCACCCCAUUAGACACAGCACUGCUGGAACUACCCUGGAAUAAACAGAACCUCUGUCCUGGCUGUGCA